AUGACGUCUCCAAAGUUGAUCUUAUAUCUGACGACUUUGUUCUUGGGAACAAUGGCUCAAACGAAUGAUCGGAAACCAACCUUAAGUGUUCGUCAAGACAAACGUUUUGUUUCGGCUAGUGUUGGAGAAAAUGUGACUUUGAGAUGCUUUCAUGAAGGUGGUGCAAAACUUCUUUACUGGUUCAAAAAAACUCUGGGACAGAAACCGAGGCUCAUCUCCACCGUCUAUGUGAACGAGGAUACAAUUUUUUAUCAUGAAUUCAAGAACACUUCACGAUUCACACUUGAUCACGGAAACAGUACAAAUCACUUGACAAUUUUAAAUCUGCACAUUUCAGACUCAGCUACUUACUACUGUGCAUCUGGCGGUCGAUUUGUGGUGAGUUUUGCAGAAGGCUCUACAAUCAGUAUCAAAGGUUCAGGUUUGAACAUCCCAGCUUUGGUUCAUCAGUCAGCAUCUGAGAUCAUCCAGCCUGGAGGCUCUGUGACUCUGAACUGUACACUACACACAGGCAGCUGUGAAGGAGAACACAGUGUUUACUGGUUCAAAAACUCUGAGGUUUCAUAUUUAGAACUGAUUUCCACCCACGGAGGCAGCAGUGAUCAGUGUGACAGAAAACCCAACACUCAAACACACACCUGUGACUACAACCUGCCAAUGAAGAACCUGAAUCUUUCUCAUGCUGGGACCUACUACUGUGCUGUUGCCUCAUGUGGACACAUACUGUUUGGAAACGAGACCAAGCUGGACUUUGAGCAUGAGGUCAACUCUCUUGUGUAUUUCUUGAGUGGAGCUUUGGCUUUCAACUCCAUUCUGGUCGUUCUACUGGCUUUCUUACUGUACAAAAACAAGAGAAACAACUGCCAAUCAACAGAGUCUGAAGCAAGAUUAUCCACUCCCUCUACAGAAAAUGCAGAGGGUUACCGGGAUGCAGACAGCCUCCAUUACGCUGCUGUAACUGUCAAUGUGCCCAACAGAUCAAGACGACAGAGGAAGAUCACCAACAGUGAAUGUGUGUACUCUGGUGUCAAGCUGUAGACCUACCCUAAUAAAUCACCUAGGAUAUACAACAUUGCAUUUAGUCUGUUUUAAAAUUGAUAUAUAUUUAAAAGGGUAGAUGUUAUGAUGUGCUUUAUAUGCUUUAUUAUGUUCAUUGUAUCUCCUCAGUAUUCAAUAAAGGCUAAAAUAUGAAAUGGACACUUUGAUCUUGACACAAUAUAUCAUGUGCAUGUUUGUUCACUUCCUCAUAGCAAUAUCUCUUCACAAUCUUUAUACCUCUUUAAUCAUUUUAAUCGUGUACUAAAUCAAUAAAUUAAAAUGUGUGCAUUUCACAAGAGUA